AGGCCACUUGACCCUCAUAUAUACACUCACCCAAUUUAAUUCAUCACACCAUCUCCUAUGAACAAAAGGAAUAUGUGUAUUCAUAUAUCACCAUCUCUGUCUCUCUCUCAUUAAUCUCAAUUAAUCCAACCCACAAAUUCAUUUUCUUGAAUCUUCAAAACAACAUAAAAAGAUGGAUAAUUUAAAAGAAAUACAAGGUAAAAUGGCUCAUGAUCCUCAUUAUGUGUUUUCAUAUUGCAAACCAAGACGUCAAGUAUGGGUUCCUGGACCGGUCAUAGUUGGAGCCGGACCAUCCGGGCUCGCUGCGGCCGCCUGUCUGAAAGAGCAAGGAGUCCCAAGUGUCGUUAUCGAACGAUCGAAUUGUAUAGCAUCUCUUUGGCAGCUCAAAACCUAUGAUCGCCUCAGGUUACACCUUCCUAAAAGAUUCUGUGAAUUGCCACUUAUGCCCUUCCCAGAGGAUUUUCCGACGUACCCGGAUAAACAACAGUUUGUUGAUUAUCUAGAGGCCUAUGCGAAGCGAUUUGGGAUCAAUCCGGUUUUUGAUUCUAGUGUGGAAAGAGCUGAGUAUGAUGAGAGUAUAGGGAUGUGGAGAGUGAAGAGUGUUGGGAUGAAAGGGGAGGAGGUGGAGUAUGUUUGCGGGUGGUUAGUGGUGGCUACCGGAGAGAAUGCGGAGGCGGUGGUGCCGGAGAUUGAAGGGAUGGAGGAGUUUAGUGGUGAGGUGAAGCAUACAUCGGAGUAUAAAAGUGGAAGUGUUUAUAAGGGGAAGAAAGUGUUGGUGGUGGGUUGUGGGAAUUCAGGAAUGGAAGUGUGUUUGGAUCUUUGCAAUCACAAUGCUAAACCUUCACUUGUUGUUAGGGAUGCUGUGCAUGUCCUACCACGAGAUAUGUUGGGAAAAUCGACUUUUGGGUUGUCCAUGUGGUUACUCAAGUGGUUACCAGUGAGAUUAGUUGACCGGUUUCUGUUGUUCGUGUCAUGGGUAAUACUUGGAAACACAGCUAGGUUUGGACUUGACCGGCCCAUGUUGGGACCACUCGAGCUCAAGAACAUAUCUGGAAAGACACCCGUGUUAGAUGUCGGGGCCCUAGCCAAGAUCAAAAGUGGAGACAUCAAGAUAUAUCCAGGCAUUCAACAAAUAAGGGAUCACAGUGUACAUUUUUUUAAUGGGAAGACAGAGAAUUUUGAUGCAAUUAUUUUAGCAACAGGAUACAAAAGCAAUGUGCCAUCUUGGCUAAAGGAGAAAGAGAUGUUCUCGGAAAAAGACGGUUAUCCCCGAAGACCAUUUCCUAAUGGUUGGAAAGGUGCAUAUGGGCUUUAUGCCGUAGGGUUCACGAAACGUGGCUUGCUUGGUGCAUCAGCGGAUGCUAAGCGAAUAGCAGAAGACAUCAGUAAAUGUUGGAAAGUAAAAUCCAACCAUCUCAUAAAAACAACUAAACGAUCAUUGUUGUUUCAACCUUAGUUUUGUAUCUUUAUUUGUUUGGGCGGUAUUUUUUUAUUUUAUAUUUUUUUCGCCUUUUUCUUGAGUCUUGUUAGAUAACACACAUUCCAUUGAUCUCAAAGUGAAUCACAAAAUUUUGUUAGUACAAAGCAAAUGCUUUAAUUAGCAAAUUUUCAUGGAAAUGGAGAGGGGGCAAAGAUUGUUGGGUUAUUUUAGGUUUUAAUAGCUGAAGUGUGAUAAUUGUGUUUGUAUAUAUAUGUUAGAAAAAUAUAUAUAUAUUUAUUUCAAA